AUGGCCUCUUCGGUCUUUUUCAAAUUCAAGUCACAGAAGGAGCCGACGAGGGUAGAGUUUGAUGGCACCGGCAUCUCGGUCUUCGAACUCAAGCGCGAAAUCAUCAUCAAGAGCGGCCUGGGAGAUGGAACGGAUUUCGACCUCUUGAUUUACACCGACGACAACAGCGAAGUCUAUGAUGAUGAUACAACCAUUAUUCCUCGAUCAACCACGGUCAUUGCCCGACGUCAACCUGCGGCCAAGCCGGGCGCAGGUAGAGCGGCCCGAUAUGUCACCGGCAAGAUGCCUGUCGCGGCCAAGAAUGCCGGGCGAAAGGAACAGACCGCCAAGGUCCCAGCAACCAAGACGUCGGGGGUGGCCAUCAACCAAAUGAACAAUGCCAUGACGGAGGAAGAGAAGAUGGCCGCCAUGUUUGCCGCCCAGACGGAACAGUGGUCCGCUCAGCAGGAAGAGCUUUCUCACCAAGCACCUGUCUUCAAGCCCGGUGCCAAGCGACCGGUUAACGUGCCAGAUCACGAGCCGCCAAACGGAUACAUUUGCUAUCGGUGUGGUAACAAAGGCCAUUGGAUCCAAAGCUGUCCCACAAAUGACGAUCCCGACUUUGACAAUAGACCACGCGUGAAGCGUACGACCGGCAUCCCGCGUUCAUUUUUGCAAAAGGUGGAUAAAUCUGACAUUUUGGCCCAGUCAGAGGGCGACGAGUCCAAGAGGCCAUCUGGUAUCAUGGUGAACGCCGAGGGUGACUUUGUCAUCGCAGAGCCCGAUAAGGCAGCAUGGGAAAAGUAUCAAGCCAAGGCUGCCAAGUCGGCUUCGGCAUCUAAGGAGAAUGAAUCGGCCAACAAGGAGAUUCAGGACCGUGGAUUGGAGUGCUCUAUUGAUAAGAGGAUGUUCAUAGAUCCAACGAAGACGCCCUGUUGCCAAAAGACGUUCUGUAACGACUGCAUCAGCAAUGCUCUUAUGGACAGUGACUUCGUCUGCCCUAGUUGCCAGACAGAAGGCGUUCUCUUGGAUGAUUUGCAACCGGAUGAAGAAGCUUCCAAGCAGAUCCAGGAAUAUUUAAAGGAGAAGGAAGCUGCUAAAGCCAACCCAGCAGCUGCCGCCUCACCAAAGGAUGAGGCGAAAACAGAAGAGAAAGAGGCGGAGAGCACUUCCUCCAAUAUUGAAGUAAACGGGAUCUCUGCUGAGGUUGAGGCUCCGCAGAAGUCGGAAGACACCGAAACCUCAGACGCCAAGGAAGAGUCGCAUUCCCCGGAGAAGACCAUGUCACCAAAGAAAGCCGCAGACCCUGAAAAGUCUCCAGGGAACAACGACACUAAAGAGGUUGCUCCGCCAAAGAAGCGACCCGCUGAGGAGCUGCUGGAGAACCCCAAAAUCCCCAAAGGACCUCGCGCCAUGCAAAACCAACAAAACAUGAACUAUAUGAAUGGUGGCAUGAACGGUAUGAAUGGUAUGAAUGGCAUGAACGGCAUGAACGGCAUGGAUAUGAACAUGAUGUUCAACAACAUGGGAAUGAUGCCAAAUAUGAUGGGUAUGCCUAAUAUGAACAUGAUGAACAUGGGCAUGGGGAUGCCCAACAUGGGGAUGCCAAACAUGAUGGGGAUGCCAAACAUGAUGGGGAUGUCCGGGUUCAACGGCAUGAACAAUGGCUUCGGCGAGGGCGGCUGGGGAGGAAUGAACAUGAAUGGGAUGGGGAACAUGGGCAUGGGGGGCGACAUGGGUCCCAUGAAUGGUAUGAAUGGAGGAUUCCAGAACGGCGGCAACGGCCUCCAUCAGCAAGGAGGUAACGGGGGAGGCGACGAUGACGCGUAUAUGCGCAAGCCCGUGAACCCGCACCGACAGCAGAACAAGAUGCGUCGCAUACGCCCAAGCGAUUACAGAGAGCUCUAG